AUGGCUUCUUAUUGCUACCAGUCUGUCGCUGCUUCGCUACUUCUACUCUCUCAGAUUGCUAGCACAUCUCUCGCCUGGAGCUUUACGCCCACUGGUCAGACUGUCGAGCUGGAUGGAUUAUCAUAUUAUAUUCCUCCGGAUGUGGUAUCAACGAUUAGUGUCUCGGAGUCCUUGAGAAAGGCCUUGGAUCACGCUGGUGGACUGCUCCCACUGACCGUUGUUAACGCCGGCUCUUUCGGAUAUGGCGAGAAGGACUUCAGCCAGGAUAUCGCAUCUUAUAUAUCCUCGGACGAUGUCUUCAGCAAAGGGUUCUUGGAAGCGGUCUAUGUUCAGUAUUCGGGUGUUUCAGGCCACAAGUACCCAAGCUUUUCAACACCAAAGCUGUCUGGCAACAGCAGUGUGGGUGUUGUCUCUACCGGCUUUGCCUCUAACAUUUCAUCCAUUCCUGUUGGUCCUUACUUUGUGACAUCCACCGGUGCUGUUUACGAAGCUUGGAGACUCUUCAGUGAUGUCCAAGGCGCUUUCCUGGAAACUACUAUUGCCAGCAAGAAUGGCACUUUCUCAGUAUUGCCUGCCAAUGUUGAGGGUCAGUCUCUGGCGAUCGCAGUGCCUUCUCGUCUCUACUUCACAAAGACAGAUGAGAAACCGCUUGCAGGUGUUCGUCUGGGUAUCAAGGAUAUCUACGACAUUGCCGGUCUGAGAACCUCUAAUGGCAACAGAGCAUGGUACCACUUCUAUCCACCAGCAAACAAGACAGCUCUCACUGUUCAGCGCCUCAUCGACGCUGGCGCUGUUAUUGUCGGUAAGAUGAAGACCUCCCAAUUUGCCAACGGAGAGGUCGCAACUGCAGACUGGGUGGACUAUCACGAGCCUUUCAACCCUCGCGGCGAUGGUUAUCAGGAUACAUCAUCAUCUUCCAGUGGCCCUGGUGCCGGCGCAGCUUCGUACGACUGGCUGGAUCUGACGCUAGGCUCCGACACUGGUGGCAGUAUCAGAAAUCCUUCUCAAGUGCAAGGACUCUUCGGUAACAGACCCACGUGGGGGAUGGUGCCGCUCGAAGGCGUUAUGCCUAUGGCUCCUCAGCUCGAUACUGCUGGCUUCCUGACCAGACAUCCCGACAUCUGGAUUGCUGCAUCCAAAGUUUUGUACCGUGACAACGUCACUCUCUCGCACAACUACCCCUCGAAGAUUCAGACAAUAGGCUGGCCUACGACCAAUAGUUCUGAAGCUAAUGGCUUACUACUCUCCUUCCUGGACAAGCUUACCACAUUCCUCAAUGCCACCACCACAAGUCUUAACCUGACCGAGCAAUGGAUGGAAGCGCAUCCCACAAACGUUACAUCCUCUCUGACCGACUUGAUGAACCUGACCUAUCCUAUUCUUAUCGGCCAACAAACGUCCUCAGUCCGCGAUCCCUUCUAUGCCGAAUAUUCUGCAGCAAAUUCAGGCCGCCUUCCCUUCGUGAACCCUGUACCACUAGCCCGCUGGAGCUGGGCUGCUUCCUUCCCUCCCUCCACCAUUGUCGACGCAAUAGCCAACAAAACCACCUUCGGCAACUGGAUCGAAUCCAACAUCUUCACCGCCGACAACCAAACCUGUAGCGACAGCCUAGGCAUCUACGUCGGCAACUCAGGAACCACCAACUACAGAAACGCCUACCGCAGUCCUCCAGGCAUACCCACUGGCUUCUCCACCAGCAGAAUAUCCAUCUUCUCUGGUGUACCUGACUUUGUGCUGCCAAUUGGACAGGCAGCAUAUGUGUCUAACAUUACACAGCGAACAGAGUACCUGCCCGUUAGUGUUGAUAUUCUGGCGGCUAAAGGUUGUGAUGGUAUGAUCUUCGGUCUUGUGCAAGAUUUGGUCAACGCUGGUGUGAUUAAUGCGACAAAGGCUGGGUACAGUGGUGUUACUGGGGAAAAGAUUCUUUUCUAG